AUGCACUGCAGCAGCAGACUCUCGAGGAUGUCUCAGAAAAGGGUGUCAGAGGCUGCGGAGUGUGUGCCAGAGCCUGACCCAUCUGAGUGUGUGAAUACCGUGCCCGCGACUCUCCGGCUAAACACCCACGCCGCGACAGUACGGAUGAAGGAGAAAUUUACUGCGCCGUUCAUGGUGUACGAUGCCCAGGCACGGCGCAUUGUUGCCAACCCCCAGUACGAUCGUACUCUCACCACAGAGCUCCACCGCGUGCAGAGCAUCAUGCUCACAAAGCUGCGCACCCCGAUCCAGGCGCACCUAUCCUACACCCCAAAGGAGCUGCUGUACGAGCUGGAGACUGCGCUGUUCCAUGUUUGCGCCUCCCUUGCCGUCCAAGACGACGCGUCCUCGCUGCGGUACGUACUUGGCGACAGCGAGGCAGACCUGCUCAUGCCGCAGCUGGAGUCCUUUCUAGCUCAUCACAACGCACCGGCGAAAGCGGUCGUAGCUCUUGCGAAGUGCCUCAGCGAGGGCACCUCGCAUGACGUCCUCACAUCGUUUCUGCAAGUGCUCAAGCAGCGAGUUCAGCAGGAACUGGACCCCGCGGUGGAUCGCAAACGGUCUGUGCAUGAGCACAGCGCUCUGCUUGCCACCAAGAACAACCUGCAGGACAUUGUGCAGCUAAUGCGCGAUAUGCAGACGGCGUACCACAGCAUUGACACUGCAUCCCAGAUUCAGCGUCGGCAGCCUCAGAGUGACCCGACCGCGGUGGACUUGGCUCAAAGUCCGGCAGCUAACGCCGUCUCCGCUAGGAUAGUCGAGGAUUCAUUCUACAAGGUGCUGCGCUGGGUGGUCGCUGUGGAUGCUGAUCGACGCGCGUUGCAUGCGGCCACCACCGGCGCUGCCGCCACUGCUGUAGAGGAGUCUCAUCUGGCGACAACACCGGUGCCCGCGGCAGUUGCGACGCCGUCCAGAUCGAGCGCGAAGGCGUUUGCAAGAGUGGUCGAGUACGAUCCGUUCACGGGGAGGGUAACGCUGGAGCGCGCUGACGCGGCCCAGCGCUGGGGGCUCCUCCUGAACAGCAGGGGCCUCCUCGUGGGAGUGGAGAAUGAGCUGCGCAACUCUAGCGAGGCUGGCGAGCGGUUGUACGACGCCAUCCAGCAGCAGUCUGGCGAGGCUGGAGGGCUAGCCAUUUUCGAGGUGAACCGCCACCGCAUACGUGCCGUCCACCUCAGCGACGAAGAGCUCGCUGCCAGCGGCGAUGAUAUCAUGCAGAAGCUGCGUGCUACCCUAACUCACGCGACCAAGACGCUUAGUCUCACUAUUGAAAGGCGCAAGCAGGCGGACUUGACGGUGCCUCGCGAGGUUCUGUUUGAGGUAUCCGACCAGGGUGGCGAAGGAGGCGUCGGCCAGCGCUGCCUCCUCAUGAUGGAACGCGCGUCGACGUCCAUUUCGUGGGGGCUUAAGUUGAAGUACUUCAAAGACUCAGUCGCCGUGCUGUCUGAUUUUGCACCGAGCGCGAGGCUCUCGAGCGCUGCCAAAAACCUUCUGUUUGACAUGCGAGGCCGCCUCCGUGUGCUGAAGGUGAACAACCAAGACAUGGCGAAGCUCUCGGCAACGGAGAUGAAGAGUCUCGUCUCUGGCUCGCUGUUGCUCAGCCUUCAUCUACAGGUGACAGAUUCGAAAGGGGAUGUGCCGCCCAGUGUUGAGGCACCGCCGCCGACUCAAGGGGUCCUGCUACCCUCAGCUGAAGAGGUGGGCGAUGCGCAGGAGAUGCCGGGGGUGGGGGCCGCCCCUUCAGAGGCACAGAGGGAAGCAGCGACGCUUGCAGAGGUUGAGGCAGCAGCUGAUAUGCAGGCAGGGCCGAAGGACACGGGGGAUUCGGUACAAGCCGAGCUCAACGAUAUGGCCGCCUCGAUCGCCGAUGAGUUUCUGAAGCAGCACAGUGGUGAGGAGGAGCUGGAGGCCAAGGCAGCGGAUAAGAGUGAGGCGCCCGCCGUGGAGGAGGUGGACAUGGUGGCGCCCGACCCGUUUGAGGAGCUGGACUGGGCCAAACCCACGGCCACGAUUGGAGCCCCUGGAGAUGCGAACGAUGACGAGGACAACAGGGACGCUGAGAAAGACGCCCUUUUUGAGGAGUCGUCCCGGCAGCAGCACUACGAGGAGGAGGACGGUAUCGAGGACGCAAUCAUGGAAGGUUUCAAGGGCGCCAAUGACGACGAGGUCCUCCCUAAAGUGGAGGAGGCGGAUGAGUUGAUUCGUGGCGGCGAGGAGAGUGCGGCGACGCGCAAGACUGCUGAGGACGCGGGUACGGCUGAAGAGGCAGCGAGGGACGUCAUCGAGACGGGCAGAGAUGACGCUGAAGCGGAGCCGUCAACGAAGACACGCGAGCACGAGUGGGCAACUGCCAAAAAGGCAAAGGAAUCGGCGAAGAAGGGAAAAAAGAGCGCGCAGGUCGGCGGCCGCCAGAAGAAAGGCGGGAAGGCGGCCGAGGCAGGUGCGCAAGAUGCAGACGACAACGAGGACGAGCCUGCGCAGAAAGCUGCGGAGGUGGACGAGAAGCAGCUGGAGGAAAUGGAGGAUAACGAAGCCGCCGAGGUGUCUCUAGGCAAUGCCACACUCACGGAGGAGACAGGGACGCUUCCGCCCCAGGCUGAUCCGGAUGACACUGCGGUUGGGGACGCCGAGGCCGAAGUGAAGGCGGUGAGUGAGACAAAAGGUCGCUCCCGCGCUAAGGCAAAGGAGGUGGAGGCGAAUAGGAGCGGUGUCAGGUCAAAGUCCUCUGCCCCAGCAGCGGCCGCCGAUGAGGAGACCUGCUCUACAGAGCCCGAGGGCUCCGGCAAAGGCUCCACCUCAGCUCCAGUGGAUGUGCGACUUAUUGAUCUCCCGCCGACCGUCGCAGAGGUGGCCAUCGAGCAUGGGCGCGAACGCAUCACGAAGCGGGAGAGGCACUCCGCGAAGGCGACCGCCACGGAGACUGAGGUGGACAAGGAAGAACGUGGAGGCGGCAAGGGGCGCGGCGAUGAUGCAGCAGGGGGGCCUGGCAUUACUGCGAAGGACUCGGAAGCGGUUCUCGCCGCCGAGGAUGGGGUAGGCGAUGUGCCGCGUGUUUCGUUGAGCCAGCUGCUCAAAGCGAAGCCGCUAACCUUUGAGAACGAUGUGCGGAUCGAGAAGUUUGACGGGUCGAGACUAGAGUUGGAGCGGUCGAGUACGAAGCACCCAUGGAACAUCAAGGUGGCCUUUGCCGGUGAGGACAUCAUCAUGACGAAGCUGCCGCCCUUUGCUCCCAAGCAGCUGACGCACCCCUUUCUGCGCUCUCUGCACGCGGGUCCGCAGGGUGAGGUGAAGUGGGUGGUGGACGGCCUCAAUGGACAGGACCUCUCUGUCAUGUCCAGAUCAAACAAGACGAAGGCGCUGGACGCCAUCAAAGGCUCCACGAAACUCUCUUUAGUUUUAAGAGCACUGCGAAAGUGA